AAUACAUCCUCAUCCAGCUUUAGUCUGCCACGCUAGUUUCAGUUUGCACGCUUGAAUUCAAGAAUACUAGUAAUCAUUAGGUAUCAGCAACAGAAGUGGGGUUUUCAGGAAUCUCUGGAACGGAUGAGUACCCAGCUCACUGGUCUCUGGCCCAACGUUCCGGCUACCAAGCUCAGCGGCGGACAGAGUCUUCCUAGCAGAAUCUACUCACCGCCUUCCACCAUAUGCGCCGCUCAUCCUCCUCCCUCUUCGUCUUCUAUUCAGAUUGUUGGUGGAAAAGCUUUGGGAUGGCAGACAAAUGGGAAUUCAAAACCGAGUACAAAUUUAGGGAGAACUGAAGGAGAAAAUGACUGGGAUGAUUUGGAAACUGAUCUAUAUCACUGGACGAAGGCAUUACGCCCUAUUCAGUGGUUUCCUGGGCACAUUUCAAAAACUGAAAAAGAACUCAAGGAGCAACUGAAACUGAUGGAUGUUGUUAUAGAGGUUCGAGAUGCAAGGAUUCCAAUGUCGACUGGCCAUCCACAGAUGGAUGCAUGGCUUGGCAAUCGGAAAAGAAUCUUGGUUUUAAAUCGAGAGGACAUGAUAUCCGCUGCAGAUAGGAAUGCUUGGGCAAAUUAUUAUGCUAGACAAGGUGUAAAAGUGAUCUUUUCCAAUGGGCAGCUGGGGAUGGGUACCAUGAAGCUAGGUAGGUUGGCAAAGGAAUUAGCAGGUGGUGUGAACAUGAAACGCAGAGCAAAAGGACUGCUCCCUCGUCCAGUUCGAGCUGGAGUAGUUGGAUACCCUAAUGUUGGUAAAUCAUCCUUAAUAAAUCGCUUGCUAAAGCGUCGAAUGUGCCCAGCUGCUCCAAGACCUGGUGUUACUAGAGAACUGAAAUGGGUCCGGUUCGGAAAAGACUUAAAAAUGCUUGAUUCACCGGGUAUAAUUCCAAUGAGGAUCAGUGAUCAGUCUGCAGCAAUAAAACUUGCCAUAUGUGAUGACAUUGGAGAGAGAUCUUACGAUGCAGCUGAUGUUGCAGCCAUUCUUGUGCAAAUGCUUUCAAGGCGACCAACUGUAGGUAUGACAGCUCUGCAUGGCCGCUACAAGAUUGAGGCAGAUGGUAGCUGUGGUAGAGUCUUUGUUCAGAAGCUUGCGAAUCAUUUAUUCAACGGUGACACGCAUCAAGCUGCAUUCCGUAUUCUGUCAGAUUUUCGAAAGGGAAAGUUUGGCUGGAUAGCUUUGGAGAGACCUCCAAAAUAGGACUUGGAUCAUGCUUUACCGGCACUGUACUUUAAUCGACAUCCACCUCAUGUUUGGAAAGCGUGGAGGAUUUAAUACUUGGUCUGGUGCCCUACAUGUAACACAAGGAGCUGAAGCAGUUUGUCUAUUUUCAAGCUACUCUGCCAUAAAAGCACAUACAAGCAUUUAGCAGCUAAAAUGUGGGUUCUGCUGGUUUGGGAAGUGCUCUAGGGUUGAUCCUGGUGUUUCUACAAUUGACUGUCCUUUUGCCUUGUAAUUUGACAGCACUGUAGCACACCUCGUUUUUACUGACCUUUCCUCAUUGUGAAAUGACCGCAAUACUGAAAAUUACUGCCACAGUGCAAUAUUACCGGUAUAGGCCAAUCCCCUUUUUUCCAAAAAUUAGGAGAAAAUAUAAUUGUAGUAUGAUGUAUCUUCUUCUUUGUGUUUGCAAUUUCCUCAUGAUUA